CUUCCUUCUCUCUCUCUGUGACUCCUGAUACUCCCCCGCCUCCACCAACAAUGGCGGACUAUGGCGUAGCAAUCUCUCUUUCACAAGCUCACACUUCCGAUGAUGACUCAUCCGAGCAUAGCCCUCGAAGUGUACCUACUAUCUCAGCCUGUGGCGGUGGAGAUGGCGGUUCCAAGUCUAAAACUCCUUGCAACAAGAUUAUUACCCUUGAUCACUACCACCAAACUCCGUCGUCAUCGGAAAACACUGCUAGGAAGCCGAGAGGGAGACCUCCAGGGUCCAAAAACAAGCCCAAACCACCCAUUGUUAUAACCAGAGACAGUAACACAACGAUGAAGCCGGUGAUUCUCGAGAUCUCCCCUGGUUCUGAUAUCAUUGACGCCAUCAUCGGCUUCGCUCGUUCAAACAGUGUUGGUGUUAGUAUCGUCAGUGUUACUGGGUCUGUUUCAAACGUCACGCUCUGCCAUCCUGUAUCUCACGCGCCGGCAUUCUCUCUUCAUGGACCCUUUGGUCUACUCUCUUUGUCUGGCUCAUUCAUUGCCAAAACAACCCAAUCGUCUUCAUCAUCAUCAACAACAAAGUCGCCAUCGCCUUGUUCCUUGUUUUCUUCUGGCUCGUUCUGUGUAACUCUUGCAGGGGCUCAAGGGCAAGUGUUUGGAGGGAUAGUAGGAGGGAAAGUAAUGGCGGCGACACAGGUGAUUGUGGUGGCGACUACAUUUAUAGACCCCGAGUUUCAUGUGUUGCCGUGUGAAGGAGAUAAUAAAGAUCAUCAGCAGCAGGAAACAAAGACUGGUGCUGCAGUUGAGUCUGUUUAUGGAGUAGCGAGUCCCACUCCCCUUAAUUGUCAAAUGCCUCCUGAUGUUAUGCCUUGGGGUCCUUCCUCUCGCCCUUAUUGA